GGGCUACUGAGCAGUGCAGCUGGGCAUCUGGACAUUUUACAUCUGGACUUACUCAGGAGGAAUGACUCUUCAAUCUACAAGCAUCCCAGACUUAAGCACCACAGCUCUAUAUGGAGCACAGAACAACACCAAUGGCUCCGAUUGUAUUGAUCCGUACGACUGGGAGUGGCUCCACACCGGCCAGCCGGUGUAUAUCCUGGUCAUCACUGUGCUGGGAGUCAUUUUCAAUGCGUUCGUCCUGGUGGUUUUCUGCUUCCACAAGAAGCCCUGCACUGUUGCUGAGAUCUACUUGAGCAAUCUGGCUGCAGCUGACUUCGUCCUGGUGUCCUGUUUGCCUUUCUGGGCCGUCUACAUAUCCAAUGGUUUUAACUGGCAUUUCGGUCUGUUCCUGUGCAAAGUGAUCAACACGGGCAUUAAGCUGAAUGCCUACAGCAGCAUCUACUUCCUCGUCCUGGUUAGCAUAGAUCGCUAUGUGGCACUGGUGCGAACAAUGUCCCAUGGCAGAAUGCGUAGGCCAAAAUAUGCCAAACUGGGCUGUGCGCUGGUUUGGGGUUUUGGUUUGCUCCUGAGUGUCCCCACGCUCAUCUUCAGGAAAGUGGACUACCUGCCUGACCAUGAUGUCACCGCAUGCUAUCUGGUCUACCCAAACCAUACUGUAGAGCUGCUCUUUGAUGGGAUGUUGGUCGUUUUUAGCUUUAUCAUCCCCAUUACGAUUAUCUCAUUCUGCACUAUCAGGAUUAUUCAGGCUUUGAAGGUCCAGGCAAUAGAGAGGUUCAAUGCUGAGAAAACAGAGCAGAAGGCCACCACGCUGGUGCUGGUGGUCCUCCUGGCAUUCCUUAUCUGCUGGGUGCCAUUCCACAUCGUCACCACGCUGGACGUACUCCUACGAGCCGAGGUCCUGGGAGGGUGUCACCUCUUGUCUGUCCUGGAAAUCUGCAAUCAGCUCUUCACCUACUUAGGCUUCUUCAACAGCGUUCUCAACCCCAUCCUCUACGUCAUUGUGGGAAAGAACUUCCGGAAAAAAGUUCGGGAACUCUUCAAGCAGUGGCACUUGGAAAGAACAAUUAACUCUGAGUCGUCGCGUUCGUCAAACCUGUCCUCUACAUUGAAGACAAUGGUAUAAAAUGCUGCUUUCAAAAGCAGUCUUCCCCGUCAAAAAAGACUUUGCAGAAAGAGUGGUGGAGUGUCAUUUAAUAGACUUGCACAAAUGUAAAUUAUUCCAAUGAUAAGCUUAAUUUAUUAUUACAUUUGUAGUGGAUGCAAUGGGACCAUAUCACCCUUUCUCAUAUCAAUACUGCAGUAGAUGCCUGAAGCAUCUGCCCUUUGCAUCUCAUUACCAUCGAUAAAGGGUGCCUCUGUGCAUGAUAUGACCGAGUGUCUGUGUUUAGCAAGUUGGGAGUGAGACCUGGAUGGGCCUCUUUAAAAAGAUAAACUGAAUUUUAAGAAAUGAAGUUAUACGUGUAGGACCAGGGCUUGAAUGAAUUGCUUUUCUCACCACAUGCAAUAAACUUCAGCCAGUCUCUUGUUACAAACAUUGGCAAACAUCCGUGUCGUGAAUGUAGAGAUGGUGUGGUGUGAACCAGCCUGGAUGCUGUAAAAUAAUUCAUGUAAAUACAGUUUUUAUACUCUGCCUUGUACUGCUGAUAACUCAGAUUGUAAUAGUACCAGUAUCUGUUUAUCUCUGAACAUAUUACAUGUCAAA